AGACAUACUGGACACAGAAUAGACAAAGUACUGAAAUUUAAAUGACCAAUAAGUGUUUAUGUUCAUCCCACAUUUCAUGCUAAGUUUUAGAGCAUGAAAAUACAUUUUUGGUGUUAAACAUUUUCAGGAAAGAUAUGUUUAUCUGAAAUACCAAUCGCUGAUUAUUAAAAAAACAGCCUCAACACAAAACCCAAAGGGAUGUUUUCAAAUUACUUGAUAUGUCUAACAAAGAUAUGUCAUUUUGUAAUAAGAAAAGCGGCAAAUCCUCAUGCUUAAGAAGUUGUGCUAUUCUUGCUUGAAAAUGACCGAAAUGAUCAAUCAAAUAGGCUAUCAAAAUAGCGAUUUUAUUAUGACCAAUCAAUCGACUAAUCGUUGUUGCUCUUUAUACGUUUCAAUGUGAGAUAAAAGUGUUGUUAUAAGAUUAAGUUUAAACUAUGCUAAACCAGCUGUGGAGUACCGCGGACACAUGCGUCCUUACAUUAACUUUUUUUGUCCGGGAUAUUUGCAGCAGCAGCAGCAGCCUGGCGCACAUCCCUCACCUGCCUCAGCUCCUCUCCUCCGACUCUGCUGCACACAUGCUGUGUGAGAGGGAGAGGCAAAGGAGGAAGAGAAUCAACAGAGGGGACUUCUGAGCAGGUUUAACAACCAACUUUUACGCACGCUUUUUAUUUUUGAAAGACUUAUAUUUCCCAGACAAUUUUUCUAUUUUUCUUCAGACUGAUGGUAUUUUUUAGCCAAACUUCAUUAUGACACUACUUGAGGGAGCUGAAAUGAAGGUGCGCCUGAAGGCAGACUUUUUAACCUUUUUCUUAUAUGGAUUUUUGUUGGCACCUUAAGACUAUAGUUUUAAAGUUAUAGCCAGUACCGUAGCGUCACUGGAGGCGUUUGGCGAAGGAACGUCAAUCAGUGCCAAGUUGCUGAACAGGAGAAAGAAGUUCUCCGCAUGAAGCGUUGGAUUUAUAUGAACUAAAUCAAGAAGUCGCCACACAAAAAAAAUAUAAUCUGGAUUCCGUGAUGUGUAUUUGAAAGUUUCCCCGAUCCGAAUUGAUUUCGUUCGGACGAGGGGAGACUUUAAUGGAUUUUUUAUGUGGGACCCGCUAGGAUGGACGUGGUAGAUGAAACUGAAGCGUUACAGAGAUUUUUUGAAGGUCAUGAUAUUAUCAGUUCUCUGGAGCCAGCCAACAUCGACACCAGUAUCCUGGAAGAGUACAUCAGCAAGGAGGACGAUAGCACUGACAUCUGUUUCUCAGAGGUCCACAGCACCCCAGGACCAACUUACUCAUCUCCUCAGGCAGGAGUGUCCUCUUCCGGGGGGUUGGUGUGUGGUGUGAGCCCCCCUAUUCCAUUGCGGCAAGGAGCCCCUCCGCCCGGGCCUCCUAACUGUCAGAACGCCUACCCCCCAGGUCCAUCCCUGGGCCUCCGACACAACUACCUCUGCCUGGGACAGCAGCAGCAGCAGCAACAACACCAGCAGCAGCAGCAGCAGCAGCAGCAGCAGCAGCAGCAGGCUCACGUCAAGCCUGAGCAUAGGGGCCACUACGCUCCAGGGACACUACCUGAGUCCCCCCCAGACUCCAGCUCAGAGCCGUACUCUCCUCAGCAGGUGAAUGAUCCUCACAUGAUCAGGACCAUGACACCAGAGAACAUGUGUCAUAUGACACCAACGCCGCCCCUCCCACCACACGGGCACUAUCCCAACAUGCAUCGGGACAUGUAUCUGAAGCCUGAGCCCAUGAUAUCACAGUAUCCCAUUGGUCCAGCCACGAGCGGAAGUGGAGACAUGCAGCAGACUCAGAUGCUCCAUCAGCUGCUGCAGCAUCCUCAGGGGCAGGACGGCAUCCCUGUCCACCAGGCCAAGAAGAGGAAGCACUCUGACUCUCCCAACAGCACCCUCAAUUCCCAAAUCCUCACAGGUAUCAUCAAACAAGAACCAGGUUUAAUGCAGGAUGCAGAUAACUCGUACCUGGACCCAAACUAUCAGUGCAUUAAGUGGCAGCCUCACCAGCAGAAUAAGUGGACACCACUGUAUGACGCAAACUGCAAAGAACUUCCAAUGCCGACCUACCGUGUUGAUGCUGACAAGGGCUUCAACUUCUCCUUGGCUGAUGAUGCUUUUGUUUGCCAGAAGAAGAAUCAUUUCCAGGUCACAGUAUACGUAGGCAUGCUGGGAGAUCCCAAGUACAUCAAGACGAGUGACGGCCUGCAGCCAAUCGACUGCUUCUAUCUCAAACUCAAUGGAGUAAAGGUGGAGGCCGUGAAUCAGUCUAUCAGUGUGGAGCAGUCACAGUCUGACCGAAGCAAAAGACCGUUUAAACCAGUGCUGGUCACUCUGCCCUCAGAGCAGGUCACAAAGGUCACAGUGGGGCGGCUUCACUUCAGUGAGACCACUGCAAACAACAUGAGGAAGAAGGGCAAACCAAACCCUGACCAGAGGUAUUUCAUGCUGGUGGUGGCGCUGCACGCUCAGUCCCACAGUCAGACCUACACUGUGGCUGCCCAAGCGUCUGAGAGGAUCAUCGUCAGGGUAACGUCUGGCCAUGCAUCCAACCCAGGCCAGUUUGAAAGUGACAACGAGGUGCUGUGGCAGCGAGGUCAACUGCCAGACUCAGUCUACCACCACGGGAGGGUCGGCAUCAACACAGACCGGCCAGAUGAGGCCCUUGUUGUCCAUGGCAAUGUGAAGGUCAUGGGUUCCCUGGUACACCCGUCUGACAUCAGGGCCAAAGAAAAUGUCCAGGAGGUCGACACCACAGACAAUUUGAAACGGAUUUCUCAGAUGAGGCUGGUCCAUUAUCAAUACAAGCCUGAGUUUGCUGCCACCGUGGGCAUAGAGAACACUGCAGAGACUGGAGUGAUUGCUCAAGAGGUCCAGCAAAUCUUACCUGAAGCAGUGAAGGAGGGAGGCGAUGUGGUGUGUGCCAACGGAGAAACUAUCCCCAACCUGUUAGUGGUCAACAAGGAUCGUAUCUUCAUGGAGAAUGUGGGAGCAGUGAAGGAGCUCUGUAAGCUGACAGACAACCUGGAGACUCGUAUAGACGAACUGGAGCGAUGGAGCCGCAAACUGGCCAAGCUGCGUCGUCUAGACAGCAUGAAGAGCACCGUGAGUGGAGGCACCAUCAGCCAAUCUGGGAGUUAUUUCAGCAGAACAGGAAGUGGCCCACUCAAGAAGAAGACAGUGAAACCUGGGAGCAAGAAUUCAGCUCCAGAUCAAGGCUGCAUCAGCCAGAGGUUCAUGCAAGGAACCAUCCUGGCGCUGGUCAUUGUCAUGGCCUUCAGUGUAAUUUCCAUGUCCGUCCUUUAUGUGUUGACUCUUCACCACAGAGGAGAUGUUACAGAGAAAGAUGGCUAUGUUCCUCCCUGUGUUCUCUACAUCUCUUGGAUGCCCAUCUUCACUGCCACUGUAACUUUCUGUCCACCUGUCUGCCCAUGGUCCAGAGCUGCACUGGGAUCCUCACGCAAGAGUCCAUAUACUCCACAGUCCACCACCCCUGCACCAGCUUGCUGUUCAACUACAGCCACAAACAACCAAUCAGCUACAGUUUUGACAUUGAGUAACAACCAGUCCACACCAGAUUUAGGCAGUCCAGUUCCCACACAAAGCACGAAGAAGGCCAAGUCCAGAGCGAUGGAAAAAGACCGCUAUAGAAACCACCUGAGCACACCACAGCACACCUCAGCACCUUUAUACCUUGCCAAGUCCAAAAAGCCGGCACCUACAGAUCUGGGCGGAGUGGGAACUACCAACCGUCUGCCCCCAGGACAGCUGCCACGCAGACAACGCAGCCUACACACAAAGGGAGGAAGAUUGGCUCCUUCUCUAACUAGUCUACAUAUCGUGGAGACAAACCAAGAGAUCACAACAAACACUUGCAAAACACCUGAAAGCUGCAGCUACACAGUGUCACUCCAUGGAAACCGAAAUUCCUCCAUCUCACAAAUCACUUUGCACAUGACGUCUAUGAACAUCAUGUGGGUUCGUCAAUGUGGAGCCACCAAGGGACGUUUAUGUCCCGACCACACAGAGACGGAGCUUUAUGGGGGACAGAGCACAUCCACAAAGGGGACUCAUCACCUGUGGUCAGUGCCCAUCCUGUCUUUCCAGGACAUCACCUAUCACUUCCGUGUCUCCCUGUCUAGUGACGUGAGCUGUGCUGCUGAAGGAGAAGCCUCAUCAUACUCUGACUACCAUUUUCUCAUUCAGAGCAGCUGUGUGUGAGAAAGAAGACGAGGUGUCCCAGUGCCUUUACAAUAUGCCACAUUUUCCCCUUUGGUUCUAUUUGUUCGCUGUUGUGAUGGGAUCGGGUUUUGUCUCAUUAUUGUACAUUAUUUUUAAAUAUAUUCAUACAGAACAAACUAUAUACCACUGGCCCAACUGUAAUUCCCUCCAUAUGUAUAUGCAUUAAGACAUCUCUUUUUGCUGUGAUCACUGGAGUUUGAAACACUGUUUUUCUGUCACUUAAAAUGUUUUAGAUCACUGUAUUGACGGCUGUGUUGUGUCACUGUUAACUGAGUUUAAAGCUCUUUUUUAAAAAUUAAUGAUCACCAAGUCUUCCAUACUUAAUACAAGUCAUAAUUACUUUAUAGCAGAAUUCAAGUUUCUAAAUGAAGUCCAGGCUAAGAUACUGUAGAUGACACAGCACACAAAUACAAUGAAUCUGUAUGUACACUGAAACCAGUGUCAACUGUAAACAAAACCACUUUUCAAUAGUUUUAUACACUGAAGAGAAGAUCAUUGGCUUCUGCUGAAGGCCUCAGUGAAUGGUUGCAACUCGCACUGAAAAUAUACCUCAGUAGUGCACACUGGCAAAUCCUGGGUCUCUACAGUGGAGCAUUGUGUUUGGAGCUGCUGCAGUCCACUAGACUGUCUGCUGUCUUCUUGUGCAGCAGCUGACCGAACACUGUACAGAGAAGGAAAUACUGUGCAGUAUUUAUAUCUCAGUUGUGGCAUUGAAUGAAACAUCAACUUGCUACAUUAAAUGUUUAUGCAUAAGCAUAAUUUUACACAGAAAUCAUUAUUCCUAAAAUAAAGGCAUACAAGUCAUACUUUUUACUACUAAUUUCAACAGAUUCACUGGAAGGCGUGAUAAGACUGGAUAAUUAAACAAAUCACUGGAAAUGAACAUGUAGAAACACUGACAGCUCUUGGCAUCUGAUAGUGGAAAUGCAACAAGUCCAACACUGACAGUAUUUCAAGAAACACUGGAAUAGCUUACACUGUAUUUUGCUAACUGGACAAAAUGCUGGCAAGGCAAUAAAUGGCAUAUAUCAUUUCAGGUGCAUGCCCAAUCAUUUAUCUAAAAUGAUAAAUCUCAGCUCAGAGGCAACUCAAAGGCUGCCUCAGCCAUGAAAAUCCCAUUUUAAUGGCUCGAUCAUAAAGCUGAGGAGGAGUUGCAUUUAUUAGCGCACACUGCAGAGAUAGAAUUGGAUAUUAUACACUGGACUGUUUUGUGUAUUUCUCUGGAUGUUUUGAAUACAUUUACUGUGCCUAUACAAUUAAGACUAUGCAGUGUAUAACACUUUGACUAUAACUGAAUUGUAUGAUGUCUUCUUUUUUCUUCUUCUUCUUUUCUAUUGUCCUUUAUUGUUUUUAAGCCAUUCUCCACCUACUAUCACCACCAUGCUCUUGUUGUUUUUGUCAAAAUUUGUUUUUAAAUUCAUAUUCCAUAUGUCAGAAAGAAAAAAAGUAGUUCCUCUCAAAUGUCAAAUCAAUAUUAAAUAGGAAAAACAGCCAUCAUAUGAAGGUCUAUGGAAUUUAUCAUAAUAUUAAGACACUGUACAAUACUUUCAGUAUAAUUAUUAUGACUUCAGUGGGUAUAGUGUACUAUUUUAGCUUAUUUAUAAUGCACCAGCUAGCAUAAUGAAACCACUGUAGCACUUUUUGCACUGUAUAUAUGAACUGCUUUUGCUCUAUCCAGUGCACCAGACUGUUUUCAUAUACUCUGGUAGAACUGCAUUACAUGUAACUGUAUAGCUUCAUUUUGUUACUACCAAUGCUCCUUUUUAUCUGAUGUGUUUUAUCAUAUUGUUUUUAUAGUUGAUAUUUUUGAGGGGUUGUUGUAUUAUCAAUAAUAUAUUAACGUUUAGCUAAUUGUGCCCAGAAAAUGAUUGACAAGCAUGUAAAAAAAACAACACACACAUACCAAUACAUUUCUAAUUUUAGCACUAUUUGUUAAGAGAAAAUGCCAUAACAUUAAAACUCGCUGAGUACUUUAAUAUCACUACUUUAUCUUUUUAGCCCAUUUUAUCAUUACAGUUUCACAGCCUUUGUCAAAAAAUAUGCUGUAAUACCAUGUAAAUGCAUGUAGUAAAUAAAUUUGUGAUUGAACUUUGA